UUUGCUCUUACAUUACAAAUACAUUAAUAUAAAACUGCAUGUCUUAUGGGACGAGGUAUUUUAAGGGGAAUAGAGAAGUGUAGAGGAAAUUGUGAAAUGGAAAUUUUGGCAGUGACGACACCAAUCAAACUUUCAUCGCUCGGAUUUGCCAUGACGUGAGAGGCGAUUGUUCGGCUGGCUCCCCUUGACUGGUUCAGCAGAUAGGACAUUGCUAUCAUAGAUGAUUGUUUUUCUUAUUCUUUUACGGGUUCUUCGCAUGCGUUUGAGGAAAUACUUUAAAAACCAAAACAAGAACAAGAAGAGUUGUUGAGAAAUAUCCACAAAUGGAAAAUAUAGAAAAUGAGCCCCAGAAAAGUUCACCAGAUGAAAUCAAGACUUCAGACCAAAUGAUCUCAAAGGAUGAUGAAAGACAAGUCACAGAAACACCACGAGAAGAAACCCCAAAUGAAACAGAAAUUUCAAAAGAAGGAACACCAGCGGAGAAGGAAAAAUGCGUCAAUAUCUUAGCAUUUUACGCGUUUGGCGCGCUUAUUUACAUAGUAUAUUCUGUGAUAAUCGCUGGAGCGCAAGACAUUCUCGCGGGGACUUUCAUCCCGACCGCUGCAGUGCUGGUCACUAAUGUCGGUCCAUAUUUCUUAGUCACGAUGCUGGCUCCAUAUUUUAUCCAUAAUGUGCCUUACUCAGUUCGUAUAGUCUUCAUCUACGCCUGUUUUACCAUCGGAUUGUUCACCAUAGUAUACGCCAAAGAAGUGUAUAUGAAACUUGUUGGCAUCUGUAUUACAUCGCUUGGUGCCGGGACGGGAGAAGUGUCGUUUUUUACGCUCACGGCGUUUUAUGAACAAGUUACUGUGUCGGCGUAUUCGGCAGGAACAGGGACAGGGUUUGUACUGGGACCACUUUAUUAUACAGGUCUGACUACAUGGGGAUGUGUUACUCCAAACCGCACGAUGAUGAUAAUGGCGGGUUCACCUCUACUCUACAUUAUCCUAUAUAUCAUGAUGGACAAACCUCACACCAGGAAAAAGUUCCAAAUGCAGCAAGCAGAAUUCAUGUCCGGGGUCGAAGGCACUGGGAAAUUAACUGGAAAGGAAAAAUUAUCCACCGCCACCCGCGUUUUGCCGUUAGUUAUAUCCCUCUUCGUAGCUUAUGUUUGCGAGUAUGUUACAAUCCAAGCCGUUAUCACGACAAUGGCCUUCCCAACCGCUCCGUUCCCUCCCCGAGUACACUACCGGUACUAUAUUUUCAUAUUCCUCGCGGGCGAGUUCAUUGCUCGCUCGUACCUAGCGGUGAUAUCCACUCUUGUAAAACCUGAAACAUUCUCGCGAAUCAUCGUGCAUCGUGUGUGGAUGUUAUCUUUACUCCUGGUCCUCCAUCUCCUGUUCUUCCUUCUCGCCGCGUGGUAUCGGUUCAUUCACAGCGUUUGGAUCGUGUUUACCCUGAUAUUCACCGCGGGGCUGCUAGCAGGGGCCGUAUUCGCGAACUCUUUUGUGAUAGUAUCAGAGACGGUAUUGCCGCGGUAUAAGGAGUUCGCCAUGGGUUUCGCUACUAUAGGCAUGGGCGCUGGUACGUUUCUUGCGGGGGUUAUUGGACUGUUAGCGGAGCCCAUCAUUCGAGACCACUGUCUUCAGAUAAUGACCAAUUGGGAUUACUGCUUUACGAGGCCUUUUGGCGGAUGGAAUAGUACAACCACCUGCUAACUUAGGAUUAUUAAAUGCAAUAGAAUGCCAGGCCCGUUCUUCGGAACUGAGGGGUUCUGGCCAACAUCUUUAUUCUAUUUUUUCGAGGCUUUCUUGGGGAGAACGGUUUACAUAACAAUAAGUAAGUAGGUUAUAGGUAUCAAAGAAUUGCAACUGGCGCAGAUUUAAAACUAUUUAACGUUCGAAAAAAUGUCAAAAGUUUCGAAAGCAUGUCCCCGGGCCGUCCCAGAUUUGACGCGUUUGAUACGUAUCCAAAGUUUAUUUUCAAUUCGACCCCCCCUGACUCAGGGGCCCCUCUGUCUUGAGCCCCUUCUGCCACGCCCUGCUCCGCUGCGGUACUGCCCUGCCAUUCUAUGGUGUAAGGUCUAAAAACGACAUAACAAAUAAACAGAAAAUAACUUUUUUAUUCUUGAAAUAAAAUAAAGACAUUUUUACUCCC